AUGGCCAGCAAUAAUUACGCACGAAACCUUAUAGAUCUUAUAGCAUGCGACUCCCUCCUCCAUCUCUUCCUCCCCACUCAAUACUCACUUUGCUUUCUCCACACACUAAGGAAGAGGCCUGCAAUUCGAGAGGAAGAACAAGAGAUGAAGAUGGAGGAGGACAGUAAACCCCCAACGAAGUACAUGGACCCAAGUAUGUACAAAGCCGCCAAAGAAGGCAACUUCACCGCCCUCGAAAACUCGAUCCGGAAAUAUGGAGAAGACGAACCCCGGCUAGACCUAGACCUCCUCAAACUAGAGACCCGCAAGGGCAACAAUCUCGUCCACCUCGCGAUGGAGUCGGGCCACGAGGACUUCAUCAAGCAGGUCCUCCGCGAGUGCCCCCAGCUCGUGGCCAAGCCCAACAACUCCUGUCACGGAGCGGACACGCCACUUCACGUCGCAGCGCGGACACGCCACUUCAAAGUCGUGGAGACCAUCCUCUCCGAGGCCAAGCUACGGGAGGGGAAGGCCACCACCGAGACGCCAUGCACACAGAAGAUGAAAGAGAUGGAGAAUGGAGGCACAGCCAGGAUCAUUACCAGCUUGCUGAGGAAGACGAACGGGGCCGGGAACACAGCGCUGCACGAGGCGCUGAGGAACGGGGAUGAGAAGAUGGGGAUGUUACUGUGGAAAGAAGAUGAAGAGAUGUUGGGGAGCGUCAACAAGGCCGGCGAGAGCGCAUUGUAUGUGGCGGCUGAGUUAGGGAUUGAGAAAGUGGUAAAGGAGAUGGUGAAGUUCUUGGAGAGCGGCAGGCAAUGUGAAGAAGGUUUUCGGGAUCGCGCUUUGAGGGGCCCGGAAGGCCAAAACCCCUUGCACGCUGCUGUUCUUGCUGGAAGUAGGAAUUGCGUGGAAGCUCUCAUAAAUCUCCAAGGAUUGGAUAUGAUCAACAAGGCCGACGACAACGGAAGAACAGCCCUGCACUUCGCAGCGAAAGCCGGAGAGAAAGACAUCGCCACCCGCCUCCUCCUAGCCGACCCUUCCUCGGCCUACACCAAGGAACGCACCCAUGGCCGAACCCCACUGCUCGAAGCCGCCUCGUCGGGCCACCUCCACGUCCUGAGAGAGAUCCUCGAGCACUGCCCCGACACGGUUGAGGUCGCCGACGACGAGGGCCGGAACGUGGUUCACCUCGCGCUGAAGUGCGGGCCGAAACACUCUAAGGCGGUGUUGAGAUUGCCCGAGCUGGUGAGGCUGGUGAACGAGGCCGACCGCUUUGGGAACACGCCGCUGCACGUGGCGGCUGGGGACCUGAACUACAGAAUGGUGAAGAGGUUGCUGAAGAUUCCUGGGGUGGAUCUGAGGGCCAAGAACGACGAGGGCUGCACGUUUCUGGAUAUUUGUGAGUCUGAGUGGCAAUACACGAAGAGGAAGGACUACCUUUACCGAUACCUGAAGUCCAUCCCAGCUGGCCGAAAGCCUCAGACCUGGAACCACCCCGCCGGCCAACCCACCUUCCUCGACAAGCCCGAAGCCGACCUCAAGGGCCACGCCAAUGCCCUCUGCAUCGUCGCCACCCUCCUUGCUACCAUCACUUUUGCCGCCGCCUUCACAUUGCCUGGUGGUUUGACGCCUGAAGAUAUUGACACUCCUGAAGAUAUUGACACUCUUCCACCGCUGCCAUCCCCCUUAUGCAACUUCCAUGACUUCCUCAGCACCCACCUCCGGCGAAAUUAA